ACAAGUCAAAACAAAAUCUUUGUUGAAGUCGUACAGUUCUAAAUGCCAGUAUUAAGUUAAAAAAUAAAUAAAAUAAAAAACAUUUGAUACAUUUGAAUAAAUACUAUUUAAAUUAUUAUUAAAAUGGAUUCCUAUAACAACUUUCCGUGGAUAACAAACAAAUAAUUGAGUUUUAGAUCUUUCCAUGUACAUACAUAUAUGCAUAGGAAAAGUGAAAAUAAAUUUUAAAAGUGAAAUAAAAUAAUAAUUUUUUUUAUAAAAAAAGGCGAUUUAAGCAUAAAAAAUGGUGAAAAUACUGCAGGCUUAUAAUUUUGCCAAGCAAAAUACAUUUGCUUUGAACGGUGAAAUAUUGGCAGCAACAUUAAUUGAUUCUAAUCGCAUUGCUAUUAGUAGUGCUGAGCAGUUUAUAGAAAUUUAUGACAUUGUCGAUAGACAACGCUUAGCUGAAGAUCUGGAUUCUGUUGGCACUGGUAUAAAUGAAAGCACAACUAUAAAUGAUAGUAACAAUACUACUGCAUCAGCUACAAUUAAUGAUGAAAAGCAACCCACUAAAUACACAUUGGCUACUGUGGGUGAAGUAGUUAAUUUGAUUUAUUGUGAAGCAGGAAAAUAUUUGAUAACAUUGGAAAAGGAGAAUGUUGGAAGUCCGGUGCAUACAAAUUCAUCGAGCAUUAGUUGCACCAGCAGUAGUAACAAUACCACUGUAUAUUCCGAAGAUGAUACGAAAAUGUUUGUGCGUAUAUAUGCAAACUUUUUAAAAUUUCCUGAAUCAAAAUUAGCCGAUUUACCCAUUACCAUACGUAUUGCAUCGAUGACAACACCAAAAGCACAAUUAGUUAAAAGCAUUGACGUAAUUGAAUUACCACUACGUAGUCCACCAGAUCUAAUACAAUGCUGUCAGACUUCCGGCAACAUUAUUGUUAGUAGCAAAGAACGUAUCUAUCUAUACGAAUAUACACAAUGCGUUCAUGAGAGCACUCAACCAAGAUUUAAAUAUAUUGAUUUUUUACCAUUCAAAUUCUUCGUAAAUCUUAACUUUGUACCACUAAAAUUGAAUCUUGCUGAAAACGUGAUUGCAUGUAUGAAUAAUCGUUAUUGUGUGGCUUUUCGAGUGGUGGAUGUUUUAGCUAGCAAUGUCUGUACAGCUGGUGAUGGAGGCGUGCACAAUACCAUGCCUUACACUUAUGAUAUGGAUGAGAACGCCGAUAUAGAAGUUGAAGAUGUCAUAUCAAAUUCUGAGUCGAGUAUGGCCAGUAAAACCAGUGUGGGGCCUUCCAGUCAUAGUCAUAAUAGUUUUGAAACAGAUUCUUUGGAAACGACUGCUAGUGGACGCCCUUUAAAUGGUUUUCCAGGUAGAACUCCCAUUGAUUUUAAUGUAGCACGUAUGGUCAACUCAGCUUGUGGUCGUGAGUUUGAAGUAGACUUGAAAUCUCAGUGGGAGCAAAAUGAAAGUGAUAUGGGUAAUGGUCUUGCCAGUGGUAAAUUUAAUAUAACUUGUGAUACCCAAGAAAUAAUUAUAAUGCCGACAAAAGCAAAUGAGAUAAAAAUUAAACUUGUCAAUGAAGCAAAGGCUAUGAAUGUGCAGCGUAUUUCGUCAAAUGGUAAAAUUAUAUCUGCUUAUAAUGAGGAAAGUAUGGUUCAGUACGAUAUACGUAAAUUACUGCAAAUUUGUAUGAAAACUUCUGAACCGGGUGGCGGUAGAGUUGUUGACAUAUUACGUUGUAUGGAUCUAAAAGCUAUUUAUCAGCGCAAUGAUAAUGACUGUGAUGAUGUCGAGGAUCCGGAAUAUGAUAUGGGAAACCAACAAAUACCGGGUGCAAUAUCCACUUCCAAACAUGUCAAUCGACGAACUUUAAAGUCUAACAAACAUCAGAGUUGUAUUGGUUUUGCUUUAUUAGUUGCGAGUAGUGUUGACGGCUAUCUUUACCAGUUUUGUGCCCAGGGAAAGUGGUAUAAUGAAAAUGAAAAACCUAUUGCAAUUUAUUCCUUCACUGCACCAGUUCUACAAGUUCAUAUUAAUGAUUAUGUUAUCUACGCCGUAACUACUGAAUCUGUCGAAACUCAUACUUCAAGAAUUGGCCACAAACUAUUUAACAAUCGCUUUGAGUAUCCCUCUAUAGCAGAAUUAUUUCCAGAAGAGUCUAGCCCUGAUGUCAAUGCUCCCAUUGCUGUUGUAGGACUCUGUUCAUUUAUACAUGUUCAGUAUGUAUGUGUAAACCGCAAUAAUGUGGUGUUAAUAAGCAAUGGAGCUUUAAAUUCUGCAAAUGCUUCCAAUUCAGGCGACAGCAACAGUACAGCCUUAAAGCGAAGAAGUACAGGUGAAGGCAAACGUAAUAUAGCAGCACGAUUGAUUGCUGAAGCCAAAGCUAAACACAACUUGUUGCGUAAUAGUUAUUCAAAUCAACAAUCUGUUACAAAUGAAUGGACUCUUUAUAAUCUAGAAGUGCCACCAGUAGAACAAGUAGUAGAUGACUUAGAAUCCAUAGCCGAAACUUAUCGAUCUGCCAGUAGUUCCAAUUUCUAUGAUCUUAUGGAAGAAGCUCAUGUCAUGCUGAGAAUGAGUACUUCCUUGCAAUUUAAUAAAUUAAAUGAAGAAAGAGAAUCUCAGUUACGUCGUAAGUUUAUGACCAAUUGUCGUAAGUUGGCUGAUUUCUCUAUAAGAUCGAAAAAGAAGGAAAUCCAUAUGCAAGCUUCAGGAUUUUACAAAAUGUGUAAUUUGCAAUUAUCGGAAAUUUACGAAAACUAUAUAAACAAUUUUCUAUAUAUUGAUGAGGAAAGCGGUCAAGAUUUGCAGAAACUUCCAACUCCAGGAGAUGAUACGACCAUAGAACCUGAACAACUUCAUGGACUCAUUUACACAGUCAAAUUGUUUUUAAUGAGUUUAGGCACAGAUCGCUUAAAGGCCUCAUUUCUUAACCAAUUGGUCAAGCCGUUCUUUACACCUAGUCGUGUUGUAAAGCAGGGAUUCACUCAAGUGUCCCUUUCAUUAGAAUUUCUUAAUUUGUUUAUAAAAUAUUCUCCCGAAGAUAUAUCACCUGUUAUGCUUGGCUCUCCGGUUGUUGCUGAUUCUAUUAGUGGAGAAAUUAUAAAUUAUUUAAAAUUUUUGGACAAUUUAAAUCCCGAUGACAACCUCUUGCUUGCUGUAACAGCUUGCCGCAUGUCAAAUUAUAUUUUAUCACAAGAAGUCAUUUCUCGUACUAAUCGUCAUGAUUUGGCUGUUGCCUUAAUUAAAUAUAAAAAUGUUCUGUUCGAUGACACAACUGUAUUAUUCCAAAAACAAAAACGUAACAAAACUGAUGAUUACCCAAAUAGUUUAUCAAAAGACACUCCACCUCCUUACAAUAAGCAAAGCAAACGUAAAUCGACACAAAACAAUCCAAGUGCAUUAAUAGGAAAUUUAUCAACAUCUGGACAGGAAGUAGUUUCCUUUUCGGAUUUCGCAGAAACUAUUCUAUUGGCAACAGAGAAGAAUGAACUAAUCGAGGCAAUAAGUGAUGUCUUCAUACAUGCUUUAUGUGUCGAACAUAGUAUAACUUUGGAAAUAAUUCUACAAUUGUUUCUCAAUUAUAUUGCAUCGCACAUCGGUCAGAAGGGUUAUCAAACUUCACAAAAAGUAUUUGUUAACAUUUUGCAGGUAUAUUAUUAUGAUCUAUUUGAUGUAAAUCCUUUAAAUACAAAUCAAGACAUUCCCACAAAUAACACACCGCCACAAAUUGAUGAAGAUUAUGAUGAAGGUUUCUCUAAAGGUAAUAGUGAACGGGACAGUGAAUCGAUUGCAAAUUCUAUAGGUGACACAAAUUCAGCUGGUAGUUCAUCAAUUGAUGAAAGGCGCAUAUCUGGUCAUUGCAAUCGUAUUGUUUAUGAUCAACUGCAUGAUCAGCAGUCCCCAUUUAAACGCAAUUCAAAAGUAUCUCUUCUAAAUAUCGACGAACAACAACAAAAUAACUCUGAUGAUAGUGAAAUCAAUAGCAAGGGCUUGAAAAUACUAUUUCGCAUGUAUAUGGGUCGUUUAAAGGCUUUAAGUGAUUUGAUAACUGAUCUUCAGUCGGCCGAUCUUGAACAGCAGUCAUUAAAUGAAGAGUUUUUAAGUUUACGUAUGGAGUGCAUAUCAUAUAUGAUUCGCCACUUGCAAGAGUUACGCAUGCAACAGCAGCAUCAUAAUCAUUUGGGUACAAAUCAAAAUUAUCACAUGUUGUAUUACAAUCAAUCGUUGACAGGCAAUGGAGGACGUAUUAAUGAUCAGAAGUUGACAUAUGUUCCAUUUAUACCUGACUAUAAGUUGAGUGGUGAGAAAUUUGAGCAGCACAUUAAAUCGUACGUUCGACCUAUACCAUGUCUUUUGGAUCGACCUCAAUACUUAAACCGUUUGUCGCCAUUUAAGCGUGGCGAUUUUAGUUAUCCUAACAAAGAAGAAGGAGAAACAGAAGUUCAUUUUGUUGGUUGGCAUAACGAACUGUUAACAUUAACAUUAAAAAUUCAGUCAUUAUUGGCAUCGCCUAAAAUUGAACAAGAAAUCAUUGAAGAGUUCAUUGCGUUUGUACAAAAAACACCAAAUCUUUUGGGUAUCGAUAGUUUCCUAGUAAUUAUUUUACCCAAACAUUUAGCCAUCAAUUAUAUGCUAAACUUUUGUCCUGAAUAUUUAUGGCAGUAUGGCAAGUCUAAUAAUUUCACACCCAAACAAUGGGAAUCCUUAUUUAAGAAAAUUCUGGGUAAAAAAGAACUUUUGCCAAAUUGGAAGACUUAUGUAACUGAAAUCCUUAAUAAUUUGGUAGCGGAUUUAAACUUUGAAGAACUUUUGCAAUGCUUUCCUAGUGAGGUUAUCCAAAAUCGCAACAUUGAACUAUGGACUAAAGAAUUUAAUACGGAUUGUAUAACGACCAUUGAUUCGAACAUUGGAGGUCUAAUAUUCGAACAAGAAAAUAAUGAAAACACAGUGCCAUUAACACAGACUAUGACUCGUGAUCAUUUACCUAUGGAUAAUGUAGAUGAAAAUAAUGUUUUCGAACUUACUUUACGCAAAGCAGUCUCCAAACAACGUAGCAUUGCUUUACGUUCCAUGAUAGAAUCUACUGGAAAACAACUGUUCGAUGCAACAAGUAAUCCUAUGUACAAUCUUUAAGAGAACGAAUUAAAUUUAUAUAGAAAUAUUUGAAUUAGUUAGCAAACAUUUUCGUAGUUGUUUAAAAAAGCAAACUGAUAAAUGAAAAUUCUAAAAAUUAUAUAUGAAUUUUAUUCUUAUUCAAAGUUUAUUACGAAAGAAAAUCUAUAAUCAUCUAUUAAAUUGUAGUAUAUUUAACAGCCC